CCCCUUGCCCCCAGGCCAAGACCCCAUUACAGGGGUAGCAGGUCCGUCGCUACCCGUCUGUGCCUUGCCCUGCUAAUACCCACGUCUCUACUAUUCUCCAUCCCCGAGGCAGCUCCGCUCCUGGCACCAAAGGGUUAAAUCUGCCUGCACCCGCCAGCCAAUCCCUGCGCGCAGCGCCUUCGCGGUAUCACCUGAUUGGCGGAUACACAGGGUGGGCGGGAAGGGAGGAGGACCGAGGACGCCCCCAUCUGCCCUGGGAUGCUCUUAAAAGGCUGUGGCGGUGGCAGCCAGGCUGCGCGUCCCGGCUUACCUUGGCCAUGAGCAGCGCAGCCCGCCCGGACCCAGUGGAGGCGCCCGAGGAGCGGCGUUUCCUCAGCACUGCAGAGGCGGCAGCCCUGGAGCGGGAGCUGCUGGAAGAUUAUCGCUUUGGGCGGCAGCAGCUGGUGGAGUUGUGUGGCCAUGCUAGUGCUGUGGCUGUGACCAAGGUGUUCCCCUUGCCAACUCUCUCCCGGAAGCAGAGGACAGUGCUGGUCGUGUGUGGCCCGGAGCAGAACGGGGCGGUGGGGCUGGUCUGUGCCCGGCACCUGCGGGUGUUUGUCCAGCUCAUCAACGAUGCCUAUGGGCUGGUGGUGGAUGCCGUGCUGGGCCCUGGUGUGGAGCCGGGAGAGAUCGGAGGCCCCUGCACUCGUGCGCUGGCCACACUCAAGCUGCUGUCCAUCCCCCUUGCUGGGACGCCGAGACCGGCGGCGGCGACGCCGAGGACGGGCUCCGACCGGACGUGCUGGUAUCGCUCGCUGCGCCCAAGCGCUGCGCCGGCCGCUUCUCCGGCCGCCACCACUUCGUGGCCGGCAGAUUCGUGCCCGACGACGUGCGCCGAAAGUUCGCGCUACGCCUGCCAGGAUACACGGGCACCGACUGCGUCGCGGCGCUCUGACCGCCACCCGCGUCCCCGCGGCUUGGACCCCCGCCAAUAAACAGACGUCCCCCCACCA